AUAACAAAAACAUUUCAUCAAAUUAUUCCGUUCAAUAAAAACUUUAAAAUGUCAUAUCGAAAAUUGGCGAUUUUUACACUUGUUUUAGUUUUUUCCUCGAGUAUUUUGGCAAAUUAUGAAAUUGAACCAUUGCCUUCUUCAAAAUAUAAAGAAGCAUCGGAAUUUGUGGUCAAAUACAUGUCUGAUGACGAAAAUGUUGAUUUGACCGGAGCAAAAACGGCAUGGGCAAAAGAGCUCAAGAAAGGUCUAUCUUUCGUUUGCUUUAAGCCUGGGACACAAGACAUCAUUGGCGUUAAUAUCUUGGAAAUAAAAACGAAUUCUUCAGGAAUACCGAGUGCAUGUGAUGUUGUAUUUAAGAAGUUUAACGUUCGUAAAUAUUUGAUAACCAGCGCAUUUGUUGUUCAUCCAAAUUAUCGUGGCAAAGGAAUUGGCAAAGCACUUCUCAGAGCGAAUGAACAAAUCUGUUUAAAAUGUGGUGUGAAAGUUACAGCCGGCCUUUUUAUAUCGGAUUCGUCGAAUAUUUUGACCGACAAAUUGAAUUACACGAAAGUGCAUCGCUCAUGGUCCGAAGUAUUGAACAGGAUGGUAACUUGUAAGGCCUUUGAAUAUGAUCAUAUAGUUGAAGCAGAUGUAAAGCAACCCAAAUGUUGUGGUUUUUGACGGUAAAAUUGAGUUCUUUUUUUCGAAACUAUAUUAUUAUAUUUAUUUCGAUUGUAUUUAAAGUCAAAAACUCUGUACAGAUUGAAAACUUUA